AUGAACCACAGUGUUGUUACUGAGUUCCUGAUCCUAGGCCUCACUCAAAGCCCUUCACUCCAGGGAAUUCUCUUCGUUGUGUUCCUCUUCAUCUACCUGGUGGCGCUCCUGGGCAAUAUGUUCAUUGUGGUGGCAGUUGUCUACAAUGCCAGUUUGCACACCCCCAUGUACAUUCUCCUUCUGGCCCUGGCUACUGUGGAUAUCAUCUGCACUACCACCAUCAUACCAAAGAUGCUGUGGGCCAUGCUGACAUCCAAGAAGACCAUCUCCUAUGGGGGCUGCAUGUCCCAGCUCUUCUUCUUCACGUGGUCGCUGGGGGCUGAGAUGGUCCUCUUCACCACCAUGGCCUAUGACCGCUAUGUGGCCAUCUGCUUCCCCCUUCACUACAGCAUGAUCAUGAAUCACCACAUGUGUGUGGCCUUGGUCAGCAUUGUCAUGGUCAUUGCAGUCACCAAUUCCUGGGUGCACACAGGUCUGAUCCUGAGGCUGAAUUUCUGUGGGCCAAACACCAUUGACCACUUCUUCUGUGAGAUACCACCACUGUUAGCUUUGUCCUGCAGCCCCGUGAGAGUCAAUGAAGUGAUGGUGUACGUUGCAGAUAUCACUCUGGCUGUAGGAGACUUUGCCCUCACGUGCAUCUCCUAUGCCUUUAUCGUUGCUGCCAUUCUCCACAUCCGCACAGCAGAAGGCAAAAGAAAGGCCUUCUCAACCUGCUCCUCCCACCUCAUAGUGGUAUCCCUGUAUUACUGCCCUGUCAUCUACACCUACAUCCGCCCUGCUUCCAGCUACACAUUCGAGAAGGACAAGGUGGUGGCUGCACUCUACACUCUUGUGACGCCCACAUUAAACCCCAUUGUGUACAGCUUCCGGAACAAGGAGAUGCAGACAGGAAUUCGGAACGUGGUCUCACUUCUGAAGCUCUAG